AUGUCCGCCCCUCAACACUUCGACUUUGCCGGUAUGACUACUGCGAAAUGGCAGGAGCUGAUGGCUGCAGUGAGGAUAGCGGAGGAGGAAAAGGCCGCCGAGGCAGCUGAGCGGGCCAAGAAGGUGGAAGAGGCAAGAGUUGCUGUGGCGGCGGAGAGAGCAAAGUUAGCGGAGGAAGCGCGCAAGGCAGGGGAGGCACAGACAUUGGAAGUCUCGGAGGUCGCUCCUCUAGCAGUCGUGUGCCAGCGGUGUGAGGCCACUGGCCGGACAUGUACGUGGGCACUGGUGCAGGAGGCCCUGGCAAAAUCCAAAAGCGAAGGCAGGGCCAAGGCUAAGGCCUGCGACCAAUGCGCGGGCCUGAAGGCCUCCUGUAAGGUCAGUGGAGAGGAGAUGCAACUGGCCGCUCUGGCAAGGAGCCGGAAAUGGACAAGGGAGAGGGCGACGGAGUCCAGGGAAGCAGUGGAUGAGGGCGCGGGCAGGCCUUCACGGCAGAGGAGGGUGUACGGAGAGGAGGAGUUGAUUAUGGAGGUAGAUGACCAAGAGUGGGUCAAGGCGACCAACCAUAUGGUCUUGGUGCAGGCAGAGAUGAACAUGCAGCUGGGGGCCUUGGCGACGGCCAUUACGCGUCUAGCGGAGCAGAUGGAGCUGCAGUGGGCGGAGCAGAAAGAAGAGAGGGACGGGGCCUGGGUGGAAGUCUGGGAGAUUCUUCACGUGACCGGGGUCAUGCUGGAGAAGGGCUUCUCGGGCUGGGGAAGGAACCUCAAGGAGGCCCUUGGGAAGAAGGUGGAGGUUGGGGUGGGGGCAGUGGAGGUACUAGAGCUCACCAGCUCUUCCAGUAGCGACACAGAGAAGCCGGAGGAAGAGACAGAAAGUGAAGCGGAGAAAGGCACAGAUGAGGAGGAGUCAGAGUCUCAGCCAGAGCCGGAACCUGAGCUGGAGGAAGAGGCGGAGAUGGAAGCCUGA